CGAAACGACGAAAGAAGACGGGCCUGGCAAAAUUAUAAGUUGAUUGUCGUAAAAUCCAAAAAAUCCGUGUAAAUUUGAAAUAAAAUAGGCCAAAUUAACGAAAUAUCGAACGAAUAACUGAAAAGUAUUAAAAGUUUAAAAAAGUUUUUGCUCAAAAUACCAAAAAAUAAAAACGUAAGCAGAAAAACACGAUAUCUCCCCCUUCAACACCUAGUUUAGUUGGCCAUUGUCAUAAUUUACAAUAGAGUGCUCACCUCACUUCACAAAGAAGAUAAAAAAUCAUUAAAGAGAAAAUUCCAAGUGCAAAAGGUAAAUUAUUGAACAGUGGCCGUUGCCCACAAACAAAAGAGGCAUAAAAUAAAAGUUUAAAUCGCAGUGUUUGAAAGGAAGAAAUAAACAACGGUAAUUUACAACAACCGCAAAUAAAAACGAAAACCAAGUAUACGUAAUUUGGCCAUAUCAUAUUGCAAACGAAAAAAGAGAAGACCAACAGCAACAACAACAAUAAUAAUAAUAGCAAAAACAACAACAACAACUGUAACAGAACAAGUGACGAAUGGAGGGGACCCACCACUUGAAAUAAAUUGUGUGUUGUCAUUGUUUAUAAUUGUGUCUAUGUGUUUGUUGCCAUUCUCCCAAGUGCAAUAAAUAUAUAAAUAUUUGAAAAAAAUUAACGAUAAAAGGAGAAUCCGCCAAGUAUAUAAUUUUAUCUCAAAAAAGGCAUUUUGAAAAAUAACCCCCUAAAAUAAUACCAUCCAAAAACUAAGAUUUCUAUAAGCGCAAAUUUUAACACAAAUUUCUAAGACAAUUCUGUAAAUUCUCCCAUUCUCUGAUUGAUGAGCUUGACUUCCCCAGUGUACGUUAAACGUAUUUUGUAAAAGUUUGUGAAACUUGGAACGAAUAGUUACCUGGAUCAUCAGUAUUGGAAAUACUUUGUGAUUACAUCAACCAACAUCUACUCAUCAUUAAGACUUGCUUUGUCAUUGGAAUUCCCAGCAGCCUGUCCAGGACUGAAGACAUAACCUUUAGAAAUUUCUUCAGAAAAUUAUAGAAAUUCAUUAGUUUUGAAAUCAAAUUUGCCAUCAACCAAUCAAAUCAGGCUAUCUCUCCAUCAUAAGCGGAUCGUUAUACGGAUUUUUUUUUUUUUCAACAUACAAAAAUUGGACAAAUAUUUUCUUUUUCUCUGAUUUUUUUGUUUGGAAAAAGAAAAGGAAUUAAACUGAUCACGAGCGGAAAUAGAAAAAGUUUGAUUGAAACAUACACUCAAAAAAAAAAACAAAACGCUAAAAUUUCAAAACAAAAAAGUCAAUACAAACACACACAAACUAACAAGUUUUGCUAUGGUGAUGGUCUCGCUUAGAAAUUAAUCUCCCCCCUUUGAGAAGAAGAAGAAGUAUCUCUGAAAAAAUGGGCGCCAAUGUUUCACAAUUGGAAAAGGAAAUCGGUUCGGAUCUUUUUCCACCCAAUGAGCAUUACUUUGGUUUGGUGAAUUUUGGCAAUACCUGCUACAGCAACUCAGUGCUACAGGCCUUGUACUUUUGCAAACCCUUUCGCGAUAAGGUCUUGGAAUACAAGGCCAAGAAUAAGAGGCCCAAAGAAACUCUGCUCUCCUGUCUGGCCGAUUUGUUCUACAACAUAGCCACACAAAAGAAGAAGGUGGGCUCCAUAGCUCCCAAGAAGUUUAUAGCCCGUCUACGCAAGGAGAAGGAAGAAUUCGAUAACUAUAUGCAACAAGAUGCUCAUGAGUUUCUCAAUUUUUUGAUAAAUCACAUCAACGAAAUCAUUUUGGCUGAACGCAAUGCCAGCAAGAAUGGCAAUACCGCAACUGGUACGGCAGCCACCAAAUCAUCGUCCACCACCUCGACCUCCACGACGGUGUCCAAUUCCUCCACCAAUGGCACUAGCUCCAAUUCGACUGGCUCCAUAAAUGGCAUAGGCAUAGGAAUAGCGGAUGCCACCACCCCAACGCAGAAUAAUGCUGCCAGCACCGAACCCACAUGGGUGCAUGAAAUAUUCCAGGGUACUUUGACUUCAGAGACACGUUGCUUAAAUUGCGAAACGGUCAGCAGCAAGGAUGAGCAUUUUUUCGAUUUACAAGUCGAUGUGGAUCAGAAUACCUCCAUCACCCAUUGUCUGAGAUGCUUUAGCAAUACCGAGACCCUAUGCUCUGAUAAUAAAUUCAAAUGCGAUAAUUGCUGCAGUUAUCAAGAGGCUCAAAAACGCAUGCGUGUCAAAAAACUGCCCAUGAUAUUGGCUUUACAUCUGAAACGUUUCAAGUAUAUGGAACAAUUCAAUCGUCACAUUAAGGUAUCUCAUCGAGUGGUCUUUCCUUUGGAGCUACGGCUCUUCAAUACCUCAGAUGAUGCUGUCAAUCCGGAUCGUCUAUAUGAUCUAAUGGCUGUGGUCAUACAUUGUGGCUCAGGACCCAAUCGUGGUCAUUACAUAAGCAUUGUGAAAAGUCAUGGCCUGUGGUUGCUCUUCGAUGAUGAUAUGGUGGAUAAAAUAGAGGCCUCCACCAUAGAGGAUUUCUAUGGGCUGACAUCGGAUAUACAAAAGUCAUCGGAGACGGGUUAUAUACUAUUCUAUCAGUCAAGGGAUUGCAAUGCUUGAGAGGAGAAGAAGAAGAAGAAGUAGAAGGAGGAAGAAAAAAUGUGCAUCGGGACAUGUGUUUAUUAUCUUUUAAUUAUAUUGAUUAAUUCAUUGUAUGAAUUUUGUUUUAUAAUCAAUUAACCCCCACAAUUUGUCUAUGGCAUAUUAGAACAAUUAUUUGAUUUAGUUGAUAUCGUACGUAUAUAUAAAUAUAAAAAUAUUAAAUAAUAAUUUUGUUUAACUUUAAAUAAAGAAUAACUUUUAACAUCAAAUAUGCAACUGUAAUGUGUGUAAUAACAAUGUAUGCGUAUAUGAGAGCAUUAAGCACUAUAAAUAUAUAAUAUUGCAUCAAUAAAGUCUAAAUAAACGUCUCUUAUUAUAAAAAAA